AUGGCGUUGGAAGCACAACAACUUCAAGAGCUCUACGACAAACAGAAACUCUACGAAAACUUGAUGCUUUAUUGCCGCGGAAUCGAUCGCAUGGACGCCGAACUUGUCAAAUCCACAUAUUGGCCUGACUCGACCGAUGAUCAUGGUGGAUUCGAGGGCCCUGGCCAAGAGUGGGCGGCCGCUGGUUGUGCCUGGCGAGAUCAAAUUUACAGCAACAACCACCACGUUUCAAACGUCCUCAUUGUCAUUGAGGGUAAUCGAGCAGAGCGCGAGAGCAUGUUUUUGAAUGUGGUCAAUCUCAAAUCCCCCGCAGUUUCCUUUUUCUUAGGUGGAAGAUAUCGAGACCUCUGUGAGAAGCGAAAUGGCGAGUGGCGAAUCUUGCAUCGCGUUUGCCUGUGGGACUGGUUCGAGCACCAGCCGACGCGCGGCGGAUGGCAUCUGUGCGACGUUCCCCAGGUCUCAAACUGGGGAGCAUUUUUUCCUGAGGAUGCAAUUUACAAGGAUUGGGAGAAGGGCAACCAAACUCCGUUUCCACGACCUGCUGCGCAAUACUCGGCGAUGUCGAAGCCUGGCGACGAAAGUGGAAUUUCCGACAACUGA